UAAGUUGUAAGAACGAUGCCUGUAUGCAGAUCGAGCAAAAAGAAGAAGGAAGUAGCAGGAAAAAAUCUAUUUGAAGCUGAAAAAGUUGAUCCAGAGUUGGUAAAAGUUGAUACAGAGAACACAUUUUCAUUAAAGUUGAUCGAAAUGGAGAAAACAGAGGAAAAAGUCGAAAAUCAGAACUCGAACGUGUGUGAUAGUGGAAUAAAUUCAAGCGAUCUGGUAGAGCUAUUAAAAAUGCUGAACUCAGGCAAAAACGUGUCAGUCGACCAAUUCGAAAAAAUUGUUCCAGAAUACGAUGGCGUGACAAUUCCUAUUGGAAAGUGGUUGGAAAACUUCAACGAGAAUGCUGACGCAUAUGAGCUUACCGAAAAGCAGAAAUAUGUAAAUGCGAGGAAUAAAAUGAGAGGAACGGCAAAACUGUUCCUAGAAACAGUGAGUGUUUCGAACUUCGAUUCUUUGUGCGAAGCGCUCAAAGAGGAAUUCGACAUAAAGUUCAACAGUGCUGACAUACAUCAGAAGUUAAUGCGAAGGCAAAAGAAAAACGACGAGAACUUUUACGAAUAUAUUCUGCAAAUGAGGAAGCUGGCAGCACUGGGGUCGAUAGAAGACGAAGUAGUUAUUCGAUACAUUGUGGACGGAAUUAAGUCACUUGAAAGCACGCGUCGAAUGCUUGCGCUCUGUGAAGAGAGCAAAGAAGCUGGAAUUCGUACGUUAGUGGCCUUGGACGACCAGGGAGAGCAAUUGGACAGGAUUGAAGAAGGAAUGGAUCAAAUAAACGCUGAUAUGAGAGAAGCUGAAAAAAAUUUGAGUGGAAUGGAAAAAUGCUGCGGAAUUUGUGUUCUUCCCUGCAAUAAGAGCCAAUCAUUUAAAGAAGAUGAUGGAACAUGGAAAGGCAAUGACGAUGGAAAGGUUGUAAACAAUCAACCUCAAAGAGUUAUGGACGAUAGAAAUGGAAUGAUGGCCCAAGCGGGAUAUAUAGGAAGAAUAACAAAUGACGCUCGCGAAGAUGAGAUGGAAGAAAAUGUAGGUCAAGUGAACACCAUGAUCGGAAAUCUGCGGAAUAUGGCAUUAGAUAUGGGUUCCGAGCUGGAAAACCAAAACAGACAAAUCGAUCGAAUAAAUCGAAAGGGGGAGUCGAACGAAGCGCGAAUAGCAGUGGCAAAUCAGCGAGCUCAUCAAUUACUAAAAUAAAUAGUUUCGCUCAAUUAUUUUUAAAUACUUUGACAUGCAAUAAGUUUGUACUUGUUAUGUGUAUAUAUGUGUGGAUGCUUGACGAGAAAAUAAUAAGCAAGAAAUUAAAGUUUAUCCAUCCUCUUACAAAUUAAGUUAUUUGUCUCUAGACAUAAGUUACUAUAUGAGCUACUCUAAUUAUAUAAAAUUUUGCGCAUCAGGAUGUUAAAUAUACAAAUAUUAUAAUAAGUUUAUCGUGUGAUGUUUACGCUAAUUAUUAUUAAAUAAAUAAAACUGUAAAAGUU